UACGUUACAGUAAAAACAAGUUGAUAUGCAUUGAUUCCCGGCCGAGCGUACAUUUUAUUUAGGCAGCACGCAUAAACGGUAAAACCAUUCGAAUGGCGGGAGAAAAAGAAAACAAUAUAUGAAAAAACUAAAUUGGAGUAUCAACUUGAAAAAUAGAAAAUGGCAACAAUUGUGAACAUUUUUGGAAAACUGUACACAUUCAUGAGAAGAGGGCAGCCUGUCCCAACCACUACAGAUGAGAAUGAAACUAGGACAGAUAAUGUGGUAGCUGAUGGUGCUAGUUCUACAGAUGAUGUUGAGGAAUGCCAGGAAGCUUAUCACAGUGAUGAUAAGGAGUUUGUGGUGGUCAACAAAGGGCUGGAGAAACUGGAAAAGUGUAUGACAGAUUCUACAGCUAGUAGUGACUGGGAACACAUUCCAGAUGUUACCAGACAUGCUGGAAAAGCAAAAGAUGGUACAGGCCAGUGUUUAGAUAUACCAGAAAUUUUGUUGAAUGGGAGCACACUUUCAGGAACAGAUUUAGAUGCUGUGUAUUUGUCAAAGUCCAAAGAUGACCAAUCAAAGGACAAUGAAUUACAGGAUGAAAUUACCAUAGAGGUUGAGAAGGGUAAAAGCGAUACAGGAGUACUGACUGAAAGUAAACAAAUAACCAAUCCAGAUAAAGAAGAUAGUAAAGGGCAGAUUAUUACACCAGAUAAGGAAGAUAGUAAAGUGCAGAUUAUUACACCAGAUGAAGAAGAUAGUAAAGGGCAGAUAACUCAGUCAGAUAAAAAUAGUAUAGGGCAGAUAACUAAGUUGGAUAGAGAAGACGGGAAAGAGAAAAAAGUCAAUGAAAGUAAAAGAGGAAAAGACAGGAAGAUGUGCAAGUUUAUCAAACGUGGUCAGAGAUGCUAUAAGGGUCCAAAUUGCAAAUUCGCUCAUUCAAAAGAACAUGGACAGCAAGUUGUAGCAGAACCAGGGAAAUCAUUAGAUGAAAAAGAUUUCCAUUGCUACAUAGAUUUUGUCCAUAAAAGCACAGAACAAGGUAUACAAAUUAGUUCAAAGGAUUUAUUCUACAAGCUUGGCUAUGAGAAAGGAGUGGACGUUGAAAAGGUUGGUGAGGCAGUGCUGGGACAGUAUCAAUUAGCAAAGGGUAGAAAUAAUUGGUCCUGGGUAACAGAGGCUAGAUAUUUUGCCGAGUUAUUUUUUGCUCCAGAUUGGAUUGAUAGAAAUAUACCGCACAGGGACGUAAAGUCAAACAGGAAGAAUCGACCCAGCAAGAAAAACAAGCACAACUAUAAUGAACAUUUUGAAAAUCCUUCUGGUUUGUGCAGAGACUAUCGACUGAAAGAAAAUCCAGAUAUACAGCUAGUGUCAGCUAAUGCUGCAGGUGACAGUAAUAGCAAUGUGUCCCCAGGACAAUCUUUGUCAAGUCAUGUAGAUAAUCAUGGUGAUGAAGGACAUUCUUCUACAGGAAAACCUUCGAAUGUGGAUGAUUUUGUCACCGACUAUACUGAUGAAAUAAUUCAACAGGCAAUGAAGAUGGCAUUAGGUGAUGGUCUAUCUGAAUCUGCUAUAAUGGAAGUAAUAGAAGAAGUAACAUCAGUUGAUCAGAUCAGUACACCAUUUAAACGUAACAAACAGACAAAACUUGAUGUUAACAGGACACCUAGACGACGACCUGACCAGCUGGCUCUAGGAUUUAAUUACCACUCGGAUCUGGUUGUUCAGCAGUCGCCAAAAACUGUUCGUGGGGAGAUUAUACCCCUCGAUACACUACAGAAACCACGCGAACGUCCGGAACAACUUGCGGUCAGCUUUAACUAUUUAGCUGAACAACUGGUAAAAGAUUCACCUAAAACAGAAACUGGGGAAGUUAUCAUUGAAGGUGUUGUCACAACUCCAAGAAGGUUAGCACGGGAUCAAUUAGCAGUUGGUUUCAACUAUCACUCAGAUCAGAUUGCUAAACUGUCAUCACCCAAGGAAGAAAACAUGGACUCUAAUGAAGAAUUAGACAUUGAUUAUAUUAACCAAAAAAAUGACACUCUCACAUUAAUGAAUGGGGACAUCAAAGGUCACGAUGAGGUCAAAUCGGCAAAAAGGUCAAUAAGUGACACAAUUGCUGUUGGAUUUAGUUAUAACUCUGACCAGAUACUGAAAGAGUCGUUGGAUAAGAUAAACGGAAAUCUGCCAAAUGAUAACGUUGUAUCUAGCCUUAUUGAGGAUGUGGUAAUUGGGGAAGGUAGAAAUAUUGUUGAAGUAGUUGAUGAUAUACCAGUCGUAGGACUACCCGCUGGUAGUGUCUGGUAAACAGAAAAAACAAUAUAAACUUACGUUGUGAAUUGUCUUUAGGCAUCGGUUGUUUUGAAAAUCCUUUGUUUCAUUGUAUAAAUUGUGGUAUAAAUUUUCAUAUGUUAUUAUUAUUAUUUCUAAACAGUUUGCAUAUUUAUUUACAUAUUUUAAUUAUAGCAGAAUAAUUAAGAAGAAAAAAAUCUAUAAGUUUAAAAGUAUUAACUAACAUAAUUUGACAUGUUCCAUACUUACUGUUACUUCUUAGUUUUAUAUAUGAAAUUUUUGUAAUUAUUUUUUCUUUUUUUUUGUGGGGGGGGGGGGGGGGUAUUUUUAAUUCAUUGGAAACAUUUCGAAAACUGGUUAGCAUGUACUGGUUUGUGUAUAAAAAUGUUAAAUUUUUUUUUUUUUUUUUUUUUGCUUAAAAAAUCUCAAGUUUUGAAGAUUUUUAAAGGUUUAUAUAAACCAAUAUUCUUCGGGAUAUUAGAUGGUUGUGAUAUAGGAAACUUUGAUAUUUUAUUUCUUGCUUUUUAGAAAAUUUAUAAAACAUAACUGCAAAGUGUAUUUUUAUAUUAGGAUAUAUUUUCACUGCAGUCAGACACUACAUGUAUCUUACAGCAGAUGAAUUGCAUGUAUCAGAAAUAUUAUAAAAUUAGAUAUUUUCACAAGGCCAAAAUUUUGCAGAAUCUACAUUUUAGAUUAAUUAUUAAGUAAAAUAUUCAAGAGUUUCUCGUUUCAUGAUUUCAUUUCUGUAUUAUUAUUUUUUGUAAGCAAUCUGUUAACGUUUAAGAUGGUAGUUGUGCGUUUUUGGUUUUCCGACUUUUGCUAUUAUCUCAGGAAUAGAUAAAAUAAUAUUUAGUCUCCCAUAUCCAUUUGUAUUCUCAGGAAAUUUAUCAUGUUUUCACUUUCCAGGUCAUGAGUGCAAAAGUAUUUAAAGAUGAUCUAGAGUGAUUUAACUAAGAUACAUUUUCACGGCAAUCACAUAUAUUAUAAUAAGUCAGAAUAUUCAUUUUAUCAAAUGCAGGUCUAGUAUGAAUAUUGAUUGCCAUCAGUAAGAAACUAUGAAACUUAGUUAAAAUUAAUGCUUGGGUGAAUUUAGGAUCUACAUAUAUCUUGAUUACUUAUAAAGAUUUUCCUUAAACACUCUAUCUGUUAUGAAAGUUUGCAUGUUUGAUUUAGUGGUCCUUGCAGGUUUCAUGGACGUCUCAAGUUCAUUAAGGUUUAAUGGACAUCUCAAGUUCAUUUAGGUUUCAUGGACCUCUCAAGUUCAUUUAGAUUUAAUGGACCUCUCAAGUUCAUUUAGGUUUAAUGGACCUCUCAAGUUCAUUUAGGUUUAAUGGACCUCUCAAGUUCAUUUAUGUUUAAUGGACCGCUCAAGCUCAUUUAGGUUUCAUGAAUCUCUCAAGUUCAUUAAGGUUGCAUAGACCUAUCAAGUUCAUUAAAGUUGAAUUGUCUGAUUAAGCUCAUUUAGGUUUCAUGAACCUCAAGUUCAGUUAAAUUCAUGGACCUCUCAAGUUAAGUUAGGUUUCAUGGACCUCUCAAGUUCAUUAAGGUUGCAAAGACCUAUCAAGUUCAUUAAAGUUGAAUGGUCCGAUUAAGCUCAUUUAGGUUUCAUGAACCUCAAGUUCAGUUAGAUUCAUGGACCUCUCGAGUUAAGUUAGGUUUCAUGGACCUCUCAAGUUCAUGUAGGUUUUAUGGACCUCUCCAGUUAAUUUAGGUUUCAUGGACCUCUCCAGUUUAUUGAGGUGACAUUGACCGGAGUUCAUUUACUUGUAUGCAAAGGUGUUGAUGUUAAGGAGUUUGUAUAUUUGUUAUGUAUUUAAUGGCAAAGAUUGUCACAAAGUUGUUGACAAAUGAUUUUGAAUAUAAGUUUAAUUUUGGAGCAGGUAUUUUGUCAAAAGAAUAUACAGCAUAUUAGAUAGCGACAUGCUUGCAUUGUUACAUAUGUGUAUGAUAAUAUUUGUGCUGUAAAUUACUAUUUGUAUAUAUAUGUACUUAUCACAUGAUGUCACAUGUUUUCAAUGUUAUAUUUAACCAUUGUGUAUUUUGUUCAUAUUACAAAAUAAUGUAUAAAAUAAUGUUUGUGUGAUAGAAUCAAAAAUUGUCUGUAUGUGUGAUGGCAAAAUUUAAAUGCAAAAUAACAAGGUGGACUAUGGAUAUGGUGUGAACGAAAAAUAAUUUAUGAUGAAAAGUACAACAACGAAUAUUGCUAGUAUAAUUUUGAAAAUAUGUUUUCUUACAGUUGAAGAAUUAUCAUUAUGACUAUUUAUUGAUGCACAAGUCUUGUUGCUGUAUAUAUUAUUGUGAUGAAAUUAAUAUUUUUUUUGUGAAUAUAUUUUUACACAUGAAAACCAUACCAGGUGCGUGCUUUGUAGAAUUUUCAUGCAUAUCAGACAGGAUUUUCUACAUUUUACAAUGGUGCUAAAAAAAAACUUACACCCCCUGUGUAAGACAAGUUAUGUGCUUUAAAUGACCUCAUUCCCACUUGCCUUUUAUGAAUAAAUUGCAUGCUUAGUGCAUCGUCAUUUUACUGUAUUACUGAAGUUAAACAUUCAUACACUUAUGUAAGUAAAAAGUGCUAAAUGGCAUAAUUAUGUAAAUUUUUUCAGAAAUAUGAUUUCUAUCUAAUAUGCAAAAAAAAAUAUAAAAAAUCUAACGCUAUUGUCACAGACAGGACUAUCUCGCUUUCAAGGUUACUGAGUAUCAACUACCUGGUUGGUGCUGUAAACAGUCACCCUAAGGUAGGUAUUUCGGUCAAUACCAGUUGCAGGUGUAAGAAUCGUAUAUUACUUGAUCAGUAUUAUUGCCAAAGUUAAUCAGUAUUGCCAUAAUUUUUGUAGGUGCCAUGUUCUGUAUUAUUGUCAUAGUUUAUCACUUUUGUUUCCUAGGCAAUUGUUCUGUAUUCAGGAAAUACUUGCAAAUGAACUAAUUUGGAGUGCAUUGCACAAUAACACAGUAAAUUUCAUUUGUUUGCUUGGUUUGUGAAAAAAAAGUUUUUUGCCAUAUUCUUCACUUGUGUUAACGAUGUAAUAGCAAGUCCAAGGGCAUGUGACGUAACUCUGCAGACAUAAUUGUAAAAUUAUGUCCCUUUCAGGAGAAAGUUUUACAUGUAAGCAGAUUUCUCAGAAACUAGUGAAAGCACCACAUGUCCCUCAGCACUCAGAUGGCCUUUUAAAACAAGUUAAAUUGCUCUUACUUGUUUAUUUUUUAUUUUAUUUUUUUUCAACGAAGAAAAUAUUUCUUUUAUUCUAGAAUAACAUGUAUGUUUAGUUCCAGUGGUAAUGUGGACAAAAGUAUCUGAUUCUCAAUCUGUGGAAUGUUGGCUUGAUUCAUUAUUUGUGAGACCAUUACUCGGAAGAAUCAGGCUCAAGAGUUGUUCAUUUAAGCUUCAAUCUUUUCCAUUUUUGACUUGUAGUAAGUCAAAGCUCUUGGUUUUUCUACUCGGCCCAGGUUUCAGGGAUCUUGUUUCCAACAAUAUGUCUCGUUUAAACAAAAUUCUUAUAAGAAUUUUCUGGAACUUUAUGGUCAAAUAUUUACUUUUUAGCUCGACUAUUCGAUAAGAAUAAGUAGAGCUAUUGCAGUCACCCGAGCGUCGGCGUCGGCGUAACCACUUAUGUUAAAGUUUUUGUAAUAGUUCAAAUAUUUUCAAAGUCCAUAGACAUAUGGCUUUGAAACUUUGCACACUUGUUCACCAUCAUGACCCCAACCUGUAGACAGGAGGAGGUAACUCUAUCAAGCAUUUUGACAGAAUUAUGCCCCUUUUUCGACUUAGAAUUUACGUUUAAGUUUUUGUAAUAGUUUAAAUAUUUUCAAAGUCCAUUGACAUAUGGCUUUGAAACUUUACACACUUGUUCACCAUCAUGACCCCAACCUGGAAACAGGAGGAGGUAACUCUAUCAAGCAUUUUGACAGAAUUAUGCCCCUUUUUCGACUUAGAAUUUACGUUAAAGUUUUUGUAAUAGUUCAAAUAUUUCAAAGUCCAUUGACAUAUGGCUUUGAAACUUUGCACACUUGUUCACCAUCAUGACCCCAACCUGGAAACAGGAGGAGGUAACACUAUCAAGCAUUUUGACAGAAUUAUGCCCCUUUUUCGACUUAGAAUUUACGUUAAAGUUUUUGUAAUAGUUCAAAUAUUUUCAAAGUCCAUUGACAUAUGGCUUUGAAACUUUGCACACUUGUUCACCAUCAUGACCCCAACCUGGAAACAGGAGGAGGUAACUCUAUCAAGCAUUUUGACAGAAUUAUGCCCCUUUUUCGACUUAGAAUUUACGUUAAAGUUUUUGUAAUAGUUCAAAUAUUUUCAAAGUCCAUUGACAUAUGGCUUUGAAACUUUGCACACUUGUUCACCAUCAUGACCCCAACCUGUAAACAGGAGGAGGUAACUCUAUCAAGCAUUUUGACAGAAUUAUGCCCCUUUUUCGACUUAGAAUUUACGUUAAAGUUUUUGUAAUAGUUCAAAUAUUUUCAAAGUCCAUUGACAUAUGGCUUUGAAACUUUGCACACUUGUUCACCAUCAUGACCCCAACCUGUAAACAGGAGGAGGUAACUCUAUCAAGCAUUUUUUUACUAUCAAGCACUAAGAAUAGUCGAGCGUUGCUGUCCUACCGACAGCUCUUGUUAUGAUAACCUAAUCAUAUUUUGGCAUAAUAUCCAUGAUGCACAAAUCUUAGUAUUGUUUGGUGAAAUAGGAAUUGUAUUUUCUUUCCCACAAAAUUCCCUUAAACAAUUUUUUUUAGGAACACAAAUUUGGUAAAUGAUGUUAAUAUUUGUUGCUGUUUUGUUGUUGUUUUUCAAGUAGAAAUAGAUGCUUGUUUAGAUCUCAGAAAGAGUUUAAUAAAAAAAUAAACUUAAAGAAAAAAGAAA